UCCCCAGUCUAAAGUGGUGACGCCAGCCGCGGGAAUGCGUGACACACUUCCCAAAUGCCACGGACCCCUCUCUGCGUCUGCGCUCGCCCGCCUCUCUGCCUCCCUCACGGAAGCUCAUAGAGGCUCGCGCGCCACCCUCUGCGGCUCGUGCGUAAUGGGGCUUUGGCACAAGAGCGCGCCCCGCGUAAACAAAAGCACAUUGUGGUGUCACUGACAGCCAGUCUGUGAGCGGGGCGCGCGGGAGGAGAGCAGACUCUCAUACGGAAUAUUUGUCAUUUUUCCUCUCUGGAUGUACCAAUAAAGGUGUUUUUGACACUUUUCUCUUCCCACAUAACUCAAUUGAUUUGUUGCUCCAACUUGAAGUUCUUUGAAGAAAAACGCCUUGGAGGAGGUCCAUUCUGCUCCGAACUGUGCGCCUUUUUACGCAAUUUUGGGGCCAAACGGAUGCGACCCUUCAGAGGAGGAGGAAAGGAGUGAUUCUUGCGUCUGCAGCGAGCAUCAGCAUGCCCUGCGUCCAGACCCAGUGUGGCUCCUCUCCGCAGGGCGCGAGCCCGGCGUCUCAGGGCGCGGAGCGCAGCUGCGACUUCCUCACGCCGGAGUUUGUCAAGUACAGCAUGGACCUGACCAACCACGAGGUCUCAGCCGCCACGUCCGGUCCCGCCUUCGGGCCCCUGGCGGACACUUCUUACGCCCCCGGCUACGACAUGAAGCCCCCCUGCCUCUUCCAGGUGCCGCUGCAGGCGGAGCCGCCGUGCGUAAAGGUGGAGGAGGCGCACAGCUGCCCGCACUUCCAGCCUCCGCAGCAGCAGCCGGAGGAGCUGGCGUCCUCCCCGAGCUCCAUCUACUUCUACCGCCCCCCCUCCCCGCACGCCUCUACCUCCAACCUCCAGACUCCACCGGGACACAUCUGGGACGAGCCCGGCUCCCUGUACAGCUUCCGGCAGGACUACCUGCACCGGAAGAACGCGCUCUCUCGAUUUUCCCUGUUUUCCCUCAAGCACGCGCCCCACGGAGGUCCGGCUCUGUCUUGUCAGGUGAAGUUCGACGCGCAGCUGGACGCGCAGCCGCUGCAGCUGGACGGGGGCGCGUCUGCGCUGCAGCCGGGCUUUGCGCACCCGCACCUGCAGCUGGCGCACCGCUUCAUGGAGUACCAGGCGUGCGCCGGCUCCAGCCGGGGGGGGCUGAGCUCCGAGGGGCUGUGCGCGGUGUGCGGGGACAACGCCGCGUGCCAGCAUUACGGCGUGCGCACGUGCGAGGGCUGCAAGGGAUUCUUCAAGCGCACGGUUCAGAAAAAUGCCAAAUACGUGUGUUUGGCGACGAAGAGCUGCCCUGUGGACAAGCGCAGGAGGAACCGGUGUCAGUACUGUCGCUUCCAGAAGUGCCUGGCGGUCGGAAUGGUGAAAGAAGUGGUGAGGACGGACAGCCUGAAAGGCCGCAGAGGUCGUCUGCCGUCCAAACCCAAAGCUCCUCCGGACUCCUGUCUUCGUGGCGGCGCUCUGCUCAGCGCCCUCGUCAGGGCGCACGUGGAGUCCAACCCUUCCCGCCUGGACUACUCCAACUUCCAGGAGAGCCCUGGAAGUCCUCAGCGGGACGACGCCCAACACGUCUGGCAGUUCUACGACCUCCUGACCCGAUCCAUGGAGGUCAUCCGCGACUGGGCGCAGAGGAUCCCGGGCUUCUCGUCCCUCCCGAAGCACGACCAGGACCUCCUCUUCUACUCCGCCUUUCUGGAGCUUUUUGUGUUGCGACUGGCGUACAGGUCCAACCCAGAAGAAGGGAAGCUGGUGUUCUGCGACGGCUCGGUGUGGCACCGGCUGCAGUGCCUGCGGGGUUUCGGCGAGUGGAUCGACAGCAUCGCGGAGUUCUCCGCCAACCUGCAGAGGAUGAACCUGGACGUCUCCACCUUCUCCUGCAUCUGCACCCUCGCUCUGGUCACCGAGCGGCAUGGGCUGAAGGAGCCCAGGCGCGUGGAGGAGCUGCAGAGCAGCGUCAUCAGGUGCUUGAAGGAGGGUGGGACGGCGGACGUGGAGCGCGUUGGCACCAGCCGCUGGUCCAGCCACCUGUCGCGGCUGCUGGAGAAACUUCCAGAACUCCGCACUCUGUGCAUCCAAGGCCUGCAGAGGAUCUUCUACCUCAAGCUGGAGGACCUGGUGCCGCCGCCGGCGGUCAUAGAUAAGUUAUUCCUGGACACGCUGCCCUUUUAAAAACCCUUUUCGGGGGUUUCUUGGGCUCACACGUGAACUUUGAACCCAUAACCACAAGAAAAACGACAAUGUUUAUUCUUCAGUGUCAUAAAAGCUAACAAGGACUUUCUUAUUUGUUUUCUUCUUAAUUGAGGUCAAACCAGCUAAGAAUAAAACGAAGAAACAGAUUGUAUAAUUAUAAAAAAGAUUUUAAUCUGAAAACCGUUUAAAAUUAGAAAUUUAAAGAAAAUAUUGAAAUUGGUAAAUUAGAAAAAUUACAUUUGAAAUUUGAAGGAAAACCAAUUGUAAAACAUCGAUGACACUAAAAAAAUCACAUAAAAUAGCAUUUAUUUGUAGCAGUUGCUGUUUUGUAUUUUGGUUGGCGUUUUGUUUUCGUUUCUCCAAAGCUACGUUCAUAUCGCCCUUGGCAACCUGUGUUCACUUCCAAUAAAUGGUCUCGGGCUUCCGCGUUCAAAACUCUUGCGUUCACACGUAGCUAUGCACAUACAACCAUUUAUGGAUGUCAAUGUACAAAACGCGUGGUCAUUGAACGCAUGGUAAAGGUUAAAGCACGUCGAACUUUGACCAAUCAGGGAGUCAGAUUUGGUAGCGAGGCAUGAAUGGUAGUGAUUAUGCAGCGUUCAAACCGCCUUCAGUCAACGCGCUUUCAAGCAACCACUGAAAAUGAAAUAAAAAGUCAACGUAAACGCGUGUUUUAGACUCAAAACUCUCGUGUUCACGCAUCACUACUCAAGUUUCUAUUAUAUUUAGGUACAAAAUAUGCGGCCAUUGAACACACGGUAAAGGUUAAACCAGGUUGAACUUUGUCCAAUCAGGGAUUGGGAUUUGGUAGUGACGUGUUAAUGGCAUCCCAGAUUUGCAUCGCUUUGACAUUUCGUACCGUCUUGGUAACUGUAUAUGGCGGACAUGCGCUAAUAUGGGGUACCGACAGCCCAGUGUGAACACCGUGUGAUAUACACACGUUCAAAAACCUUUUUAAUUUGCAGUUUCUAAUCAGACUUUCAACUGUCUCAGAAAAAAAACAUUACUAAAGAUGCUAUAUAUGCUACAUAUGCUAAUGUGGCUAAUGUCCUAGCAUUGUGAAUAUUAUUGUCAACUCUUUCAGAAAAAAACAGCUAAAGAUGCUAACUAGGCUAGCCAUGGUGUUCUGGAGCUAAUGUGACUUAACUACAACAUCUAUCACCAGAUGUCAAUUAUGUCCCUGUGGCCAAUGAACUCAAAGCUCCGCCCCCUUGUAAAAUUAGCAUCAACUCCAAAAAAAUGAAAAUUCUGAAUUUAAACUGUAAAUUGAGAAUCGUACGCAAAGAGGAAGAGAAGCGUGAAAAACAAAGAAUAAAAAAACAAAACAGCAGCUGUCACAUUUUAAUUGGAUAAACAGUUUUAGAUUUAUCGUUUUUUUAUUCACGAUUCUAGUCAUUCUUAACAUUUUUAUUUGUUCAAAUUAACAUUUUUCUUUCCAAAUUAACAUUUAUUUUUUAAAUUUACAGUGUAUAAUAGAGUAAAAUUGUUUUCAAAUACAUUUGUCUGUUUUUCUGUGACUUAUCCUAAUUUGACAUAAUAAAUCUGAGUGUCCUCCUCAAAGUUCAGCACUGUGAGAAGCCCUAAAUGUUUUUGCAGCUCUUUUCCACGUCUCUUCGCGUGUACGGAAGCAUUUUUGAUACAAAACCAAGUGUUUGUCCAUGUUUACAUUUGUUCUAAUAUCUAUAUGCAGUUCAAGCAUUGAUCUGUAGUUUUGUGUUUUGACAGUGAUCUGUUCUUGGUUUAAUAAAAAAUAAUA